AUGGGUGUCAUCACUUUUCACUUCGAUAUCCUGUCCCCCAUUCCCCCGGCCAGGAUGUUCAAGGCCGCUAUCCUCGAUGCUGAUAACCUCCUCCCCAUGGUCCUCCCACAAGCCGUCAAGAGCGUUAAAGUCCUCAAGGGCGAUGGAGGUCCCGGGACCAUCAAGUUGAUGGCUUUUGGCGAAGGCAGCCAGAACAAGACAGCGAAGCAUAAGGUCGAGGCCCUGGACAAGAAGAACUUCACCUACUGCUACUCAAUCAUCGAGGGCGAAGUGCUGGGCACCACCUUUGAGAAAAUCAGCUAUGAGGUGAAGAUGACCGCGUUGCCUUUGGGAGGCUCGGCGUUGAAGUGCGCGAACAGUUACUUCACCAAUGACGACGUGGACAUCCCUGAGAACGAGAUCAAAGCCGGGAAACAGGAGGUGACUGCGAUGGUCGGGGCCAUCGAGGCUUAUCUCGUGGCAAACCCUGAUGCCUACUGA